AUGACAAAACACUGGCCAGAGCACAGCCUCCUGGCACCACCCGUACUGUCCCACCUUGGAGAACAUCACGACAGUCAACUUGACUUCUCCAGAGAUGUGCCGCUCAGCUGUCCUGGCAGCAGCGUAACCCGGAGCUCACACUGGCCUCACCCGCCGGCUCAGAUGGCUCCCCAGCAGACGCCGCGCUCAGAGAAGCCCUCUGCGCGCUCCGGACACAUCGGCAGCGCGAUGGGGUUCACGGACGCCGCCGCACCGCCUCAUUCGUCGUGCCAGAAUCCCGAGGACAGCGACUUGAAGCAGGGAGCGCGGAGCGGCGAACGAGAGAAGGAGCGCACCGGCGGGGGGAAGAAAAAGAACUACCAGCGAUAUCCAAAACCACCGUACUCUUAUCUGGCAAUGAUCGCGAUGGUCAUCCAGCGGUCCCCAGAAAAAAAGCUGACGUUAUCAGAGAUCCUGAAGGAGAUCAGUACCCUGUUCCCAUUUUUCAAAGGAAACUACAAAGGCUGGCGGGAUUCUGUGCGACACAACCUCUCCUCCUAUGACUGCUUUGUUAAGGUGCUGAAGGACCCAGGCAAGCCUCAGGGAAAAGGGAAUUUCUGGGCCGUGGAGCUGAGCCGUGUUCCUCUGGAGCUGCUGAAGAGGCAGAACACGGCCGUGUCCAGGCAGGAUGAGACCAUCUUUGCUCAGGACCUGGCCCCCUACAUCCUUCAGGGCCACAAGCCCGAGUCCGAGCUGCCUCCCGACCCCCCCCCACCCUCCGGGAACCCUUCGCCGCCCCAGGAGGACUUGUUCCGGCCCAAGCUGGACUCCUCUUUCGCCAUAGACUCGCUGCUGCACAGCCUGCGACCGGCCAGUGCCUCCGGGGACGCUGACCUGGCCGUGAGGGACUGCUGGGGGGACCCGGAGCCGCCUCGCCGCCCGCAGACCCCCCGGCCUCGUUACGCCUCCUCUGCCCGCAGCGCCUCCGCCAGCUCCGCCAGCCCGGCCUCCACCUCCUCUUCCUCCGACGAGGACUGGAGGGGAGUCCUCCCCCCUGGGAAGCGCCUUCCCCCCGACGGGGAGGCGGGCUCGGACGGUUACGAGGACUGCAGGCCGCCCCUGCACAAAUCGGCCCGCCGGGAAGCUGUUGCCCCUCCGUGGGAGCUCCCCACCUCCUACGCCAAGUACGCCCCCCCCAAUGCCGUCGCCCCGCCGAGCAUGCGGUUCAACGGAGGCCCCCUCAUGCCCCUGCACGGCGGACUGCCCCUUUACGGCUACGGCGGCUCCCCGGUGGCCCCCGGCCACUUUUUAGGCCAUUCCUACUGGCCUAUCCUCCCAAACAGGAGAGUCUCGGUUCAAGCCCCUCCCCUGAUGAUGGACCUGGACCACAUGCUGCAGUCCGUGCCUCCGAACAAGAGCGUGUUUGACGCACUGGUACAAACCGGCCAGAACUCUCACCCGCAUCAUCAAACACAGAGCCAAUACGCCCUGCAGAACGGGGCUCCCAUAAACAGGUACCACCAGUACUGA